ACUAACAAAGCAGACAACAUUCCUUCGACUCCUAACCCAACAACUGUAAGGCCGCAGGCGACCUCAUUGGGAUAGAGUUAUUUGAUUCUGAGUUGGACUGACCCCGAGAAGCCUGGCUUCCAUUCACCUGGACCCCCGCUUCUGCUGCCGAGGCCACGACACCCACGGCCAGGAUCGCGAAUCAGGUUCCUUACAGGUUCCCGUGAUACCUUCUGAUCAACUCGGCGUUUCAGACUGCGUUGAGUUGCAGUCAGACCAUAUGGCCUCAAUCGAUGAACGUGACUCUUCUCCAAGCACAAGCUUCAUCAGUCGCCGUGUGAAUAAGUCAACCUUCCUCGUCAUCGAAGAUGAUGGCUAUGGGGAGCAACCGUACAUCUACAUCAAAAUAUAUGAGCAGUACCUCCUCUUGACCGAUACAGGAUGUAAUAGUCCUCGAUCAAAAAUACCUUCCCUUACAUCUCUACGUCAAUACCUGGAAACUUCUCCUGUCUCCGAGAACAAAGAUCGAUGUCUCAACCCUCAUGGCAGAAAGAAAUACGUUAUUAUUUGUAGCCAUUGCCACUAUGACCAUAUCCUUGGCAUCCCCAACUUUCUUUCAGCAGAUCCAAUAAUUAUUGCUUCGGACUUCGAUAGGUCGUUCGUUCUGAAAGAUCUAGACAAGCAUUCGCUCUGCAAAUAUGUCGAGGUCUCCACACCGAAAUAUGAAGUAGCUCAUUGGGCACGCCACAUGGAUUUCUUCUGCCUCUCUGGCAUCCCUUUUCGGAUUCAGUUCUUGCACGUGCCGGGCCAUACCCCAGAUUCCUUGGCAUGGUACGACCUUGACGAACAUCAUCUGUAUGUGGGUGACACCUUCUAUGAACGGAAACGCAGCAAGCGAAUCCCUGAGCUCCCAGACGAUGCAGGUCAAGUACCAGGGCUUCCAGCGACUCAAGCUGCCAUCAUUUUCCCGGAGGAAGGAGGUAACUGGAUUCAAUACAUGUCUUCCCUCGACAUGCUCCUCUCGUUUGUUAUGCAUCAAAAUAUGGAACUCAGACGCCAGCAUGGCCUCCGCCACGAAUCCCCUCCAAGAGUCGAAAUCGGCUGCGGACAUCUCACAUACGAAGGAGACGCAGAGAAUAUGAUCAUUGAGGUGCGGGCGCUCUUUGAAAGAAUCAUUGCCGGCAAAGUGCCAGUGAGUGGCAGUGGUGAGAAGCGAGGAGUCAUUCACGAUUUCUGGUUGGAGAGUGACGAAUCGAUUUACUCUGUGAUGGCUCCACGACACCUAGCAGAAGAGGCAAGGGACCAUUUCUAUCCAAAUAUGACCAACGAGCCUCCAAAACGUUGA